GACCUCGCACUCGCGCCGCGUCCGUCGGGGGAACCGCACGCUCACCACCAUGUCGGGAAGCGCGGCCGAAAUCAGCGUCCAGAGAAGAGCCUCGAUGCCUCGCGAAGAAGCCAGGAAACCCAAGCCCGUCGAGGGGAAGGAUGACAAAGACUCGAGGAAUCUCAAGGAGAAGAUAGUUAGUCGACUCAAGAUUGUGGGUCGACUCGUCAUAACAGUGCUGCUGGAGUUCCUAAAGCUGAACGGGAAGGCACUGUAUCUGCUAGGGAAGGACAUCCUUGAACUGGCUAUUCCCCCAAAGGAAAAAUCACUGCGCGGGUCGCUGGUGCUGAUCACAGGGUCGGGACAAAACCUAGGUCGUGAGUUGUCUCUUCAGCUUUCCCAACACGGCGCUAGACUCGUGCUUUGGGACUUCAAUGAGGACCAGAACGAAGAGACGGCCAAGAUGAUCCGCGAUGGAGGAGGCGAAGCACACGCUUUCACCUGCGACGUGUCUGACCAGAGAGCAGUCGCCUCCGUGGCUGCCAAGGUGAGGGAAGAGAUCGGACACCCAGAGAUCGUGAUAAACAAUGCAGGGACCUAUUGCUACAAACCCUUCCUUACGCACUCGCCCGAGGAAAUCAGCCGACUGGUCUCUGUCAACCUGCUGGGUAAUCUGUGGGUGACGAGAGAAUUCCUGGGCAACAUGAUAGACCUCGGCCGCGGACACGUCGUGAGCGUGUCGUCCAUCCUCGGCUUCAUGGGGAGGAACUACGUCGUGCCUUAUUGUGCCUCCAAAUUCGGCGUCAAAGGCAUGACGGAGGCCCUGGCGGAGGAGGUGCGGAAGUCGGGGAAGGGGCAAAGCAUCUGCGUCACGGCCGUCCAUCCCUUCCUCAUCUCCAAUGUCAGUGACGUGAAGCCGAACCUCAAGUUCCCGUCACUGUUUGAGGUUCUGACGCCCACCGAGGCCGCCAGGAGGAUCAUCCGAGGCGUCAGGAGGAACCAGGAGGAGCUGUUCCUUCCCGAAAAACUCAAACCUCUGAUGGUGAUGUCGAAAGUGCUGCCCCGCAGCCUGCGGCGUCUCUUUGGAGACUAUAUGGAGUACUGACCUGAUCUUGGUUCGGUUCGCGUAAGAUCAGAACAGAAAUGCGUUGUGUUUUGCAUACGGCCUUAUAAUGUGCAUCACAAACUUGUAAAGAAUGAGUCCUUGUAAAGAAUGAUUCUCAAAGUAUGGUCACUAAUAUCGUUUUGCCCAGAAAAUAAAUUAAUCUUAACUUGUGUAUGAUUAU